AUGAGCUGCUUACUCUCGGACGUGACCGAGCUCACGAUGGACCCGAGCUGGCGGGCGCAAGCAAUCCCAGCUAUGGACAUAACCCUCGUCGGUGAAGCGGACUUUGCCAGCUCGGGCGUCAUGAGCCGUCCAGCCACGGCCCCUUCGGCGCCAGCAACCAUCCCGAACGAUGCAGCGCCGUAUGUGGGUGGCCCCAAUGCCACCGAGGAUGCUAUCGAUGACGUCGUGGAAGAUUUUGAAUGGCUGCCACCGAUCAAUGUGAAUCUUAUCCACGACGAGAAGACCCCUAUUCGCGUGUAUGCAUAG